UGUCAUUCGCGUUUUGUCGCCUGCUGAUUGUCGAUGCAAAAUUGUGCUUGCUUCCAAUAACUCCGUUUUAAAAGUAAUUUUGUUAUGUGUUAUUUCUACAAAUAAUAAAAAUGAGAAUCACUAACGUACGACGUGGUAGGAUAAUCCGCAUGGCGGCUGCAUGUUCAGUGCUGUUACUUUUAGUCUACGCUCUCCACAAAUGGUCUAGUGAGCAUCUAGGAAGUGGUGAGGGUGAAAUAAGACUUUCGGAUUCGGAAGUCGGUCACUUCAAGUCCCAUCGUAAUGUAUACCCCACGUUGAAGACAGAACUCGGUAACUUUGAACCAAGAGAUAAAAGAGUAGUUAAAGGUCCUGGUGAGGAGGGUAAACCAUACCACAUGGCUCAAGAUAGAGCAAACGAUAUUGCAGAGUCUGAGAGUGAAUAUGGCAUGAAUAUAGCAGCAUCUGAUGAUAUUGCCAUGAACAGGUCUGUCCCGGACACACGUCUGGACGAGUGCAAAUAUUGGCACUACCCAGAGGACCUGCCCAAAACCUCGGUCAUCAUCGUCUUCCACAAUGAGGGUUUCUCAGUUCUCAUGAGGACGGUGCACACAGUCAUCGACCGGUCGCCGCCGAAUGCGUUACAUGAAAUUGUUUUGGUAGACGAUUUUUCAGACAAAGACAACUUAAAAGAUAACCUAGAUAAUUACAUAAAACGUUGGAAAGGUAAAGUGCGUCUCAUCAGAAAUACUGAACGCGAAGGUCUGAUCCGCACGAGGUCCCGAGGGGCGCAGGAGGCUACGGGAGAGGUCAUAGUCUUCCUAGACGCUCAUUGUGAGGUCAACGUUAACUGGCUACCGCCUUUACUAGCCCCAAUAUACAGGGACUACAGAAUCAUGACCGUGCCGGUCAUAGAUGGUAUCGACCACAGAACAUUUGAGUACCGACCUGUUUACCAACACGGCACUAAUUACAGAGGCAUAUUUGAAUGGGGUAUGCUUUAUAAAGAGAACGAAGUGCCCGACAGAGAAGCGAACCUGCACAAACACAAAUCAGAACCGUACAAGAGUCCCACUCACGCCGGUGGUCUUUUCGCUAUCAACCGGCGGUACUUCCUUGAGAUAGGAGCCUACGACCCUGGACUCCUCGUGUGGGGCGGUGAGAAUUUCGAGCUAAGCUUCAAGAUUUGGCAGUGCGGCGGCAGUAUCGAAUGGGUUCCUUGUUCGAGAGUGGGGCACGUGUACAGAGCUUUCAUGCCGUACUCAUUCGGUAAUCUAGCCAAGAACAGGAAAGGAUCUUUAAUCACAAUUAACUACAAACGAGUUAUUGAAACUUGGUUUGAUGAGGAGCAUAAGGAGUAUUUCUACACUCGUGAGCCGAUGGCCAGGUUUUUGGACAUGGGUGAUAUAACGGAACAGGUGGCUUUGAAGGAUCGGUUGAAGUGCAAGAGUUUCGGAUGGUUCAUGGAAAAUGUCGCUUACGAUGUGUAUGACAAGUUCCCAAAACUGCCUAAGAAUGUUCACUGGGGAAUGGUUAAGAAUAAAGCGACUGGAGUGUGUCUUGAUACUAUGGGAAAAGCUGCCCCGGCGUAUAUAGGUACGUCGACGUGUCAUGGCGCGGGCAACAGUCAACUGUUUAGGCUCAACGAGGCCGGUCAGUUGGGCGUCGGGGAGCGAUGUGUGGAGGCAGACACGGAUAGUGUGAAGCAAGCCAUAUGCAGGCUGGGUACUGUAGACGGACCUUGGAGCUACGAGGAGAACCACCACCAGCUGAUCCACCGGCUACACGGCUACUGCCUCACAUUACAGCCGCACUCGCGACAGCUGGGGCUCGCGCCUUGCGACCCCAACAACACUUACCAACAGUGGACCAUAUCGCAUAAGAAACCUAACUGGUGAUGUGUUACGGACUGAUU